CCGCUGCCUGUUUCUCUUUCUGGUUCAGCAAUUAUCAUUUCGUGUUUGUUUGCGGCUUUACGAAUGUAACCAGUUCGAAUUUUGCCUUGCUAUUUGACGCCUAUAAAUUCUCUUGUAUAGCGGCAUUCAACGAUCUUCAAUUACAAUUAAGUCGCCGUGAGACGUGAAGUUUGGUUGUCUAUUUCAGGCGCGGCGCGGCUUUCCAGAGAAAUCUUCUGAUAACGUUUCUUCCGCUCUACUCCCGCCAUUUUGCCGAGUUGCCUAGCAGCACCUGAAACCGUCUUGUCCACUUUAUUUUUAAAACAAUUUAUCCAACAGUGAUCUAUCGAAGUAACCAGCUAUUCUAACAAAUUCUCCGUUUUGAUUGGUUCCUUAUUGUGUUUUAAUCUUACCCUAACUAUCGUUGUAGUGAAAAAAAAUUCGCUGCUGCCGCCGAUAUUUGGAGCCAAAGUACUGGAAUAUACGUCCAUGAACUUCCCGUUGAACUUUCUUGAUCAGUCAGUUGGACAGACAUUCAUCGGACUCAUAUUCGGUUGAUUCUCUGGUGGGGAAAAGUGAAACCAAAUAGCACCUGUUAAGAUGGCAGACUAAAAAUCACCGUAACUGUGUAUGAUUUUCACACUAUUAAUCUCAUCUCCGUUUUUUUCCUGAUUCUACUGUUAAUUAUUGUUUCAAGCGUCACCUCUAUCUUAACUAGAGUUAUGAAGGAUUAUGAUAAUAUCGUCAGGCGAUUCGUUUCCCAUGUUGACCUCUACAAGACAAGUUGGUGCUGCGCACAAAGGUCUACCGCCCGGAGCUACCAUUCGGAAAAUAGCUGGUGAUGGAAACUGCUUGUUCCGAGCUCUGUCAUUGUGCAUCUAUGGUUCGCAGGAGCAGCACACAACUCUCCGCAAUCUGAUAGUUUCAAAUGUUGUGCAGAAUUGGUCGCACUAUAGUAGUUACAUCAUUGGAGAUAAAUCGUAUGGGCAUCCUAUCAAUUCCGCAAAUGAUUACAAAAGUCAUAUGUCCAAGAAUGGAGCAGAAGGUGGUCAUCUUGAGUUAAAUGUUGCCACCCGAAUUUUCGAUGUUUUGAUCAAAGUUUAUAAUUCAAAAACAUCCAAAGUCAUUGUUCUUGGGCGCUCCAACUUGGUGGAGAAAAAACAAAUCGAUCUUCUCUACACUGGAGAAGGUGAUAAAGGUCAUUAUGAUGCCAUCUUUCUUGAUGGGAGGAAAGCCAUCCAAAACUUUGAUGAUAAAAAUAUCAAUGAGACGAUCAAAAAGGCUGAAUUGAAAAAUUCCCUUUCGAAGAAAGACUGGGAUAGGAGUAAUAUUGAGAUUGACCUAGACUCAGUUCACACUGAAGACUCUACUUCGUUGUCUACACCUGAACGCAUUGAUAGUGAUACAUCUAGCGACAAAAUCCCUAAUGCCAGUUCAGAAUCUACAAGAUCAAAGAGAAAGUCUACAAGAAGAGACGUGAAAUCUGACAAAAACGUGAGUAGCUCUUCCGAAAUGGUUUCCAAGAAGGGACAUAAGAAAAGUGGCAGUUGUCCAUUACACCUUGAGUGUUUCGAGGAAGAACUCAGCGCAGCACAGCAGGAUCGUAUCAACAAAGUUACAAAUGAAUUUAAUGAUGCAUGUAACACACUAAAUGCUUUGGUUGCUAAAUUUGAUGGAGAAGUUUUUGAAAAAGGAGAUACGACUAUUUGUCAGCUUAAGGCUCUUCUAAAUCUCAGCCCUGUCCCUGCAAAUCCUCCGUCACCUAUUACUGUGAUAACCAAUCAGAAAGUUUCGCCAGUUGCAGCAUCAACACCGCUAGUUAAUGUACGGCCUCAAUCUGCUUUGAAGCAGCCCUCUCCAGCCGGCUAUCAGUUUCUUGUGAAUCAGCCUGUAAAUGUCUUAGUUUCACCUACUGCAGGCAGCAGCCCAGCUCCCAGGCAGCCGGUUAUAAAUGUUUCAAAUGUGUCCACUCCCAUUAGCUUACAAAGUAGAUCAUUAGUGGGUCGUCAGCCUGCAAGACCCUUGAUUACAUCGACUCCUUCACCUCCUGUUAAUCAAAUCAGGUCUAACAUUCUGAUGAAAUCAUUGACAAGUCCUAACACACCACAAACUCCAUCACCUCUUGUUCAAGCAAACGAAAAGGUGAAAUUCAAAACAAAACCGCAAUCUGUUCCAGCACCCACUAAUACUGUCUCCUCGGUAACUGGGCCCAAAAGUCGAAAACAACAGGACGGUGUUGUGGACCUCACCAGUGAUGAUGGCAAAUCACAAAAUCAAGAGCCAGACUCCCGAGAAAUGGUAUUCAACAAAGUCUCUGGCAAAACUUUCCCUUCGUUAGUAGUGGUCGCAAGGCCAAACCUUAGGAGCAAAGAAUUUCCUCCGUCUGUUGUUACUCAGGAGAGGAAAGCUCUUGAUGCUGAUGUCAAAAAUGUUCUCAUGUGCCCUGCGCCCAAAUUUUGCGAAUGGUUGAUCCAGCAGGGUCUCAUCAGUAGUGAACAGCAUUGUUCAGUUCAUGUUUAUCCUGACAUGAGUCCUGUCAAGUUAAAACUUGGUAUGUACUCCGAUGCAUCAAAAUUUCCAUUCAGUGGUGGCUACGUUUGGAUUAGUGACUGUUGUCCAGCAAAAUUUGUAUCUGUGUUCAGCGACUCUCUCUUUGAAAGUUCAUCAACUCCUACCAUAACCCUGAAAUUAAUUUAUCACUGGGCUUGUCAAACAAGUGUUUCUAAUGUUGUGCAAUGGGUGAAAGUAGAUAAUCUGUAUGUCAAAAACUUCUAUACUCACAUGCGUGCGGUUUGUACGGCUGCUCUUCAUGAUAAGCUUACAAAAAUUGGUGGACCCCGCAAAAGGAUUGAGGUUGGAGUGAUUAGUUUAGGAACAACCUCUGCCGAUGGCCAUUUGAGACAAGUGAAAGUAGAAGUUUUGGGUGUUCUGGAUCCCGAAACAAAGCAAAUAUUUUUACGAGCUGUGGAACCAACCCCUGAUAGUGAGAAAAACUACAAGCGUCGAUUUUCCAAGAUUUUGGAGCAUUUAGAAACCUGGGUGCACAAAAGCAGUGUUAUAUUAACUGAUUUCACGGUCGAUAAAGGAACGCUUACCUCCAUGGGUUUCAACUCAGUUUUCCAAGUAUCCAUCAACGACUCCGCAAAUUCCACAAACAAAUUUUCCAACUACAACAUAAUGGAGUAUCUAAGGCGGAUUGUGCCCAGGAUGUUUCAGAAUACCCUAUCUCUUCUAUCAAGAAAUAUCAUUCAACAAUUUUUGGAUGAACUCGUUUGGCGAGAAAUGUAUGGUCAGACAGCAGCUCGAGCCUACAAAUCCAUCACUCAGCACAUUGCGGAACAAACCAAACUAAAAAUUAGUGGUGAAACUCUACUAGCGCGGCUUACCAAGAUUGCUAUCAACCCUUUCAAGAACUGGUCAUCUGCAGCUCAGCUUGCUGCAGCCGCAGCAGCUGCCGCCGCAACCACCACUACCUCAACAAAUAAUUCUAAUCAAGUCACCCUUCCGGUGCCAGCAGAAAAAUUAAUGCCACCCCCACCAGCCCCUGUUUUGGGUAUUGAUGCAUUACCAACGAGUAUUACUGAGAUUGAUCCUCCGGAGCCACCUACAAAACCAGAAAACACAGGGAAACGGAAGAAAGGCUCAAGCGGCCUUGGACCACAGGCAAAGAGGCCAACAAUAGGCCCAAGCAGCCGAGUGCCAAAGGCCACACCGAAUGUUACCCUCCAACCUCUCAAUUCUUACUAUUACGGAACGUAUCAAAGCAAUAGCGAAAUUAUCAGUUCUCAAGAGAAAGUAAAUUUGAAUUUAGCAUGUUGUGUUUGUAAAGAAGUGUUCGAUAAUAAUAUGAAGUUGAUGAUGCACAUAAUCGCUCAUGCGUUGCAUGCAGAUAGUCAGAGGGUACCCAAAAACUUGGAUCCAAUAUGUAAGUACUGUUUAAAAUCAUUCUCAUCCCAGUUCAACCUUGAUGCUCAUAUUGAUGAAGCACACGUCAAAAAUGAGAGUGAACCUAGAUGCUUAAUAUGUGUGGAGAAAUUUAAAGAUAGGUCUUCGUUGAUAUUGCACAUGCACCGAUUUCACUAUGAACUAGAGUUACCGUACGAAUGUGGUUUUUGUUAUUACCGCACCUCUGAGCAUAAAAAAGUUAUCGAUCACUUCUAUAAAGAGCACGAUGGUACCGGUAAAAUUAUGUGUCCGCUUUGUCUAAAAAUUAUUUUGUUGAAAUCCGGAAAUAGAGGCAUGACUAGGAAUUUAUUCUUCUUUUUUCAUCAUAUUCAGAAGCAUCAUCGGAAAUCUACUGCACGCAGAUGUGACAGAUGUGAACUUCAGUUUGUUCACAAAGGUAUUCUCAAAGAGCACAAGGAUAAAGAUCACGUGUCUUAUGUCGGAGUACCCGAUGUUGAACGAUACAAGUCAAAUGUGGAUUCUGUAAUGAUGCCUAAACCUUCUGCCAUGUCAUCCAAGAACAUUCAAAGAUCUUUCCAACAGAAUAUAAUGGAAGCCACAGGGUUUAAAACCUACACUGUGAAUAAAUUCCUCUCCUUAAAGUUGGUGGAUAUUCCAGAAGAGGCCACUUGUUGCGAGUGUGAAGGUUUAAUUUCUGGUAAUGACCAUUUCGAAGGAAAAUAUUCCUGUAUAGUCUGCUGUUACUCUACAUACUGCGGCAAAGCAAUGUACGAGCACUCUCAAGUGUUCCAUUCUCUUGUUGCUGGAACGCCUAAAGAAUCGUUCAAUAUCGGUACUCCAAUCAUUCUCCCCGAAGCAAUGCAUUGUGUAUGCGGAUUUAGUAGCCGAUCCGGCAAUAAGCUUACCAAACAUUUGGCACAGUGCAAACGCAAGUCUGCUUAUCCAAGCGCUGAAAGAGCAGCCCAAAACACGGUUCAGUCGCAGUCAGCCAGUUUCCCACCAUUGGUUUCCUUAGAUGAUGCAGAUGCUGCAGACCCUACGGAUAGAUGGCUUAGAGCUUUUGUGACGCCCAAUGAAAACGCUGAGAAGACGCCUCCACCUCUGAAAGCCAAUCUGUCAGAAGCUCCACCAAUGUUGAAUGUUCUAGGUCUUGCGAGGCGCGAUCCGGAACAAACCUCUGAUGACUCGAAUAGUAAAAUUUCCGAUGGGAAACCUGACUCCACAAUCGAUGAUGUCGAAAUCAAUUCGAACGAGUACGAUAAAAAUAAGCAUCUUUCAAAGGAAGAAUCAAAAGUAGAACAGGAAGCAUCUAUAAAUCAUAAUAAUUCUGGUGAUGUAAUAGAAUUGGAUGAUGAUUCAGAAGUGGAAUCAAUGAAGGAUGAUGGAUCGUUCAAAAAGAUCAAAUUAAACCAGAAUUCAACUAACAAGCCUGCAAAUAAAGAGGAAAUAAAUGAUGUGGAAGUUAUGGAUGUUGAUGAACAACCCGAAAAGAAACCAAAUGAAACAAAUGAUUUGAACUCAACCGUCACGGAUGAAAAACAAACUGAAAAUUGCAAAAUUAAUAAUAACUCUGAAAAUGAAGUUAAGUCUGAAGUCGGAGAUGUUAAGGAAAAGCCAUCAAAAGAGGUUGAAGUAAACAACACAAACUUGACCAUUGCGAUAGGUAAUUCAACAUCUAAGAGUGAAACGGACACACCUAAUGAAUUAGAUGGGAGCAAAAGCCCAAGUGAAAGAAAUAAAAUUAGUGAUCUAGAUAUUGUAGAGGUAGACGAAGUCUACUCAGAAAAUCACAAAACAAAUAAUUCAAGUCUCAUAGAUGUCAGUAAAAAAUCAGCUAAAGUCUCAGAGAGUAGUAAUUUAAGCAUUGUAGAUGUAAAGAGCUACGCAAAUAAUGAUAUAAAUAUGCUAGACUUAGAAAAUGGUGAAAAAAAUGAUGUGAACAUAAUUGACUUUGAAACCAAUGGUUUCCAGAAUAAUGUACAGACCAAAAAAAGUACAGAGAUUAUUUCAAAUGAUGAAAUGAAUGCUGCUGUCGAAAGUAUCCGCGAAAUUUCAUCAUGACCAACUGAUUAAUAUUUUAAGCCUCAUCCUCCUCCUCUCUUCUUUUAAGUGUAACUCUGUCUUACUAUUUUCUUUCAUUUAAUAAUAUCAACUCAUUCUUUAGAGAAGGCAAUCAGAAUCAAGAAACUAUUUUAGUGAGAGUAUCUUCUACUGACGAGUAUUGCUAAGCAACUGACUGAUAUCCAAAACAGUCUUUUUAGCUGCCAUCGAUCUUUGUAUGUAUUUUAACUUUUGUGUAUUUUGUAAAAAUGUCCUAAUUUUAAGAGUUUUUGUUUCAUAUGUUGUAAAUGUCUAAGAAAUUGGUCUCCAUUGUUUAUAGAACAUUUUUUAAUCCUUUGUUUGAAGUCGUAAGUAACUAGUUUAAAUAAAACUGGACUUCUUUUUUCAAGUCA